UCCAAGAGGUAUAAAUAUCUCGUGUUAUGCCAAUCAUUCUACCCAAGAGCUGAAAACCUAUUCCUACCAUUAGAUAGCGAAAGUUCUUUAGGGUUUGGACCUAGGGUUUUAUGUUUUCGGCUUCGGGAGCAGUCACAGAGUAUUUUGAUAAGCAAUAAAAAUUGACAAAAAAAUGAGCAGGUUUGGAGGCGAAAUCGAUGCCAGCUUCUCGGGCAUGGCUUCGUCAUUCAAGCGCCCUCGUACAGACUACGAAUACGCAGGGGUAGAGCUAGGUUUGAACGACUAUUACAGAGAAAUACCUUCUCAGGAGUACGUGACCAGAGAUCGAAUCCUUCCAGCUCUUUACCUUCCACCAGACGCUUCCAGCACGCUGUUCGUCAAGGGUUUGCCCACCGACUGUUCGCGCAGAGAGGUGGCUCACAUUUUUCGGCCUUUCCGGGGCUUCAAAGAUGUGAGGCUCGUCAGCAAGGAUUUUCCCAGGGGUGAUACUCUUGUGUUUUGCUUUGUGGAGUUUGAAAGUCCGACCUUUGCUGCUACUGCAAUGGAGGCUCUGCAGGGUUAUAAGCUUGACGGAAAUGAUCGAAAUUCACCGGUUCUAGAAGUAGAGUUCGGGAGGAGUAGUUCUGGCGAGAGAGGAAGAAGGGGCAUGAGAAGGCGCUCGGAUUCUCCGCCUUUCUAUCGACGCCGGUGAUUUUGAUUUAGUGUUUCACAAUCUGUUGUUUAAACUAGUCGACCGGAUUUUUGGAAAAUUUUCUUUCAUCGUAACUGCUAGUGUCAGUUAUCGGUAGUUUUUAAUUUUAGGGUUAAGUGAACGGUGGUUUUCUUAUAUGAUUUAUUGCCAGUUUUGAAUAAUGAUCAAUUAUAAAUUGGGAUUGAGCCACUUUUUUAUGUAUUUCAACCAAAUUGAAGGUUAAAUGAACGGUGCUUUUGCUA